AUGAACCAGUCUGUGCCUUCGAAAUAUCACCGCCCCGAGACAUCUUAUAAGAGCUGUUCACAGUCUUUGCCGCUGGAUAUACUAUGGCUACCACGUUCUUCGUUUCGACCGGCGGAAGGCGAAUUAGCAGAUUGCGUGUUAGUGGUGGGCGUGUCGCGACCAAAACUAGCUGCGGCCCUCCUAUCAGUCACGCUGCUGUCACUCUUUCUCACCUUCCAUGUGCUGUAUGACAGUGCGGUGUACAGUAUACAGGCAGCAAGUAUGGUCUCAGCUACUCAUGAAAAUCGUAACAUCCUUCGAAAUCAAGAAAGUAACACCCGUAAUAUAAACCAUCCAAUGGCCCUGCGGAAACGACUAAAACCAGCGCGACCUCCCCGGCCUGCAAGAAGAUUGCCUCAAGCCUUAAUAAUUGGUGUUCGCAAAUGUGGAACACGAGCUCUAUUGGAAAUGCUAUACCUUCACCCCAUGGUGCAGAAAGCAUCAGGGGAAGUUCACUUUUUUGACCGGGAUGAAAACUACGCUCUUGGACUUGACUGGUACAGGAGUAAAAUGCCGCCAUCUUUUAGGGGUCAGAUUACAAUAGAGAAAAGUCCUAGCUACUUCGUCACACCUGAGGUAGAUAUAUAUCGACAUGUAAUAUCAAUAAAUUAUUUGAUAAUAGUUGAAUCUAACCUUGAAGAUGUCAAUGAAAACAAGGUACCGGAACGUGUUCGCGCAAUGAAUUCCUCCGUUCGCUUACUGCUAAUAGUGCGAGAACCAGUGACACGUGCCAUUUCGGACUACACGCAACUACGAAGUCGAGCCACGCCAUCAGCUCCGGCUCACGCCUUGUCAUCUGGCCACACUCCGCAUCAAGUGCCCGAUUCUGCUAAGCCAUUUGAACAUCUCGCAAUUUCACCAGACGGAUCUAUUAACGUAGCUUAUAGGCCAAUCGCAAUAUCUCUAUAUCACGCGUACCUUCUCCGAUGGCUUGAGGUAUUUCCCCGUGAACAAAUACUGGUCGUAAAUGGAGACCAACUUAUCGAAGACCCCGUGCCUCAGUUACGUCGCAUAGAAAAAUUUCUUGGACUCGAACAUAAAAUUGGGAGGAAAAAUUUUUACUUCAACGAAACAAAAGGAUUCUACUGCUUACGAAAUGACACUACAGACAAAUGUCUCAGAGAAACAAAGGGCCGCAAGCACCCUAGAGUUGAUCCCGCUGUAGUCACCAAGCUUCGCAAAUUUUUCAUCCAACACAACCAACGAUUUUAUGAUCUCGUAGGUGAAGAUCUCGGAUGGCCAGAAGAUUAG